CAGAAAAUACUAGAGAACUAAUGCAAUUAGAUGCUGUUGAUGUCCAACCUAUCUUGACUACCCAGCAGUUAAAUUCUCAAAAAUUAUUAAACAAAGAUUUAUGUAAUAACAAACCCAUAACAUUGGAAUGCAUUGAAGAAAAAGAAAAGUACUUAUUUUUGGACAAUGAUCCUGCUCAGUUUUGUUUGAUAAAAGAUCUUUCAUAUGAAUUGAUAUCAAAAAUUUUGGAGUUAGGUCCUUGCCAACCAUAACUCGAAGAACUUCCUGAACAAUGUUAUCCAAAAAGAAAAGGCCAUAGAUUUAUUCCAAGCUUAUACAAAAAGAAAUUACCAGAUGGGUCAGUCAUUAAAAGAGAUUGGUUGUCAUAUUCUAAAUCAAAUAUGCGAAUGUUUUGUUUAAGUUGUAUGUUAUUUCCUGGAAAAGGCAAAGAAACCCCAAAUAAAGCUUGGAUUCUAAAUGGUUUUGAAAAUUGGUCAACGUGUUCUCUCAGUAUUACUGGUCAUGAGGUGUCAUCAGCUCAUGUUUUUUCAUCAAUAAAACAAAAAAUUAGACAAUCUUCCUUACCGCUUAUACCUUCACUUACAUCUAAAAAAAAAGAAGAAGUAUUUAUGAACCGUGAAAUAAUCAAAACACUAAUUGAUAUUACCUUAUACUUGGGACGUCAUAACAUAGCAUUUAGAGGCCAUAAAGAAGAUCGGCAAAGCACUUUAAAAGGGAAUUUUAGAGAUUUAUGUUCUCUUCUUUCAAAAUAUUCUCCUACACUGUCAAAUUAUAUUGGUCAAUUGGAAGAAAUGGGAUUAAAUAAACGUCCUCAGUAUUCAUUUAUCACAUGUCAUAGACAAAAUGAUUUGAUAAAUUCAAUAUCAAAGUUUAUACAAUUGAAAAUUGUCAAUGCCAUUAAGAAAUCAAAGUUUUUUAGUAUUUCUAUUGACUCAACCUUUGACUUAUCCCACAAAGAGCAAGUUUCCUUUAUAUUUAGAUAUAUAGAUGAAGAUACUUUAGAAAUAAAUGAACGUCUUCUAAGUUUAAGAGAUACACCAAAAACGACUGGAAAAAAUCUUUUUGAUAUAUUUAAAGAAGUUUGUAAAACUCAUUGUCUUGACUGGACUAACUAUCUUAUUGGACAAUCCUAUGAUGGUGCAUCAAAUAUGAGAGGUCAAUACAAUGGCAUUCAAAGCUUAAUUAUUCAAGAAAAUCCACUAGCAAUAUUUGUUUGGUGCUGUAGUCAUCGACUCAAUCUUGUUGUCUCAGAUUGUACAAGCAUUUGUACAAAUGCUAUGGAUUUAUUUGGAAACCUUGAGAGAUUAUAUGACUUCAUUUCUUGUAGUAAAAUACGUAGUUCAUUAUAUGAAAAUAAUUUGAAAAAGUUGUAUCCGGGUGAGCAAGUACGUAGAUUGAAGAGAGUGUCCACUACAAGAUGGAUGUCACAUAAAGCAGCUUUGGAUAACGUUUUAAAAACUUUUUCAGCUAUUAUUGAAACAUUAGAAAUGAUGUGCGAUAGUGAAGUUACAUGUGAUAAUAAGUCAAGAUCAGAAGCUAAUGGAUUUUUGAGUUAUUUACUAUCAAAGAGAUUUGUUUAUACAGCAUACUGCUUUAAAACAGUUUUAACCAUUUUAGAACCGGUAUCAAAAAUUUUACAAAAAAAAGACUAUGAUAUUCUUUCAGCAACACUUUUAUUACAAAGCAAGUAUGAAGAAUUGAUCCAACUACGUACAGAUGAAGCUUUGAAAAAGAUAAUAAGUAAUGCAGAUGAAUUUAUUGAAAAUACUAGUUUGGAAUUUUCAUCUUUAGUAGAAGGACGAGUUAGAAGAAAAAAAGUGAUGUGUGGAGAAACAAGUCGGGAUGAGCCACUGGUAUGUUCUAAUACAAAUUUCCGUGUUAAUACCUUUUUUGUAGUUAUUGAUCGAGUAACUUCUGAACUAAAUCGACGGUUUUUUGAUCAAAGUGAAAAUAAUGUACAACAAAUUGGUGUUUAUAAAGAUAUUGCACUCAUGACUAAAAAACGAAUUAAAGAAGUUCAAUUAGAUUCCAACAGACUUCCUAAUGAUGCGUUUAUAGCAUUUUGUGGUGUGUAUGGAAAGUAUUUGAAAAUUGAUGAACUUAAAUCAGAGUACUUGACAUUCACUAAAUGCAUUGAUGCUUUUUUAAAAACAAAUGAACUCCCAACCAGUUUCCAUGAUCAUCAAAAUAAUGAUAUCAGUGAUGAUAGUAACAGUGAUAGUUGUCAAGAAAAUGAAAAUAUAGAUGAUGCUGGUAAUGAAAACCUCGGGAGUUUAAUACCAAUAUUUAGAAUGUUCAUGAAAAAUAAUCUUGUUGGUAUAUUUCCUAAUAUAUACAUAUUUUUAAAAAUAUCAUUGACAUUACCAGUGGGAAGCGUUUCUACAGAGAGAAGUUUCUCUAAAUUAAAAUUAAUUAAAAGUAGACUACGUUCUACUAUGACAAAUGAUAGGCUAGAAAGCCUAAUGACUAUAUCUUGCGAAUAUGAUAUUAAUAUUGAUUAUGAAGAAGUGCUCAAUUUAUUUAGUCAAACUAUGUCUUAA